AUCUGUGGUCUCAGUCAUACUACUACAUCUACCAACUCAUCAUAGGUUUGACAGCUACGGAACACGUACCUAAAAACAAAAGAAGAGGAGAAAUUACGCUAUUGUGAGAGAAGAUAGUCAGCUAUAUUUUGUUUAAAAUCACCUAAAUCAAUAUUAUACAUAACUAUACCUUUGCUUAUUUGCUACCUUAAAAUUAGUGGUUUACAGCACCGCUUUCUUAAUUUGUUGUAAUUAGCUGGGCAAACAGGUCGUAUAAUUUAUAAGGUCAAAGUUGAAUUGUUUCUUAUACUAUUCUGUGAGAAAUCAGUUUAUUGGCUUACCACAACAAAAACCUCAUUAUUGGCAAAGGUGAAGGGCAAAAAACGCUCAAGUUAUUGAGAAAACUUAAUUUCGAGUCUCGACACAAUCGGACUGCGAAAUAGUUAACAAAACUCGAAAUUAACGAGUCACGAUGAGCGUUACGAACCCUAACCUCACUAUUCGGGAUGGAACAAUUAGUUGCAAGAGUUGCAAUCGUCCGGAUGCUGCCGAGGACAUGGUGGCAUGUGAUAAGUGCAACGAUUGGUGGCAUUUUGGAUGCGCAGGCGUGCAGGCUUCAAUAUGCGAACGUUCUUGGCAAUGCCCGAACUGUUCUACGUAUAGCGCUACUCUCGGAUCCGAACUGUCGACGACUUCAAGUGCCCAACUACGUCUGAGACAGCUUGCGGAAGCCAAAGCACUCGAAGACAAAAUCCGAAGGGAACAAGCUGACAAAGAACGUGAAUUUCUGGCAGCGAAGCAUCAAUUGGAAGCAGAGAUUGAAGCUAGGAAAUCGGUAGCUGGAAGUCUGCGAAGCCAUAAAAGCCGACAUAGUCGUCAUAGUCGAGUUGGAGACUGGGUGGCAGAGCAGGAUUUUACGACGGGAAAUAAGAUCAUUGAGAAUCUGCAGCCAGAAACCGGCCAAACCUCUACCCCAAUAGUUUCGGGUCAGGUAGGGACCGGAGAUAAGGCAACGUCGUACGAACGUCCACAACUGGCCACGCAGGAUCCGCAGCAGAACACGACUACUCAGCAGGAACAUCCUGGAGCCACAGCUUCCAACGAGCAAGUAGACCUAUAUCUGUCUAAUACGCCUUUCGGUUUACCAAGACAGCUGCUUCCUCCACCGAAAUCAUCGGGGCUUACUGAGCCAGCGUUUCUCUCCAGGAAAGCCAGCAAAACCGAAGGAAAUCAUUUUCUGCUGAGCGGACCAGGCCAGUAA